AUGCCUCCAAGAAAUCAUGGUCAAUCAAGUGGAAACCCUAAAUGUCCGGGAUGUGGUCGUCAUUUUGCAGAUUUGCGAGGACAUGUCUUAAGGAUACAUAGAACUACAAUAGCGGAGUUACAACGACAACGACGACAACAAAGUAUUACAAUACUAAAUGAAAACCCUAAUUCGCGUCAAGAAAGACCUAAUCCUCGUAGCGACGAAAAUCACGAACAUGUUUCAGCAUUAGCUAGGGAAGAAAAUCCUACUGAUUCUACUAAUUCUUUGCAAGAAUCUUCUAAUUCGCGUCAAGAAACUCAUAGUGAUGGAAAUCUCGAACAUGUCUCAGCAUUAACAAAGGGAAGUCAACAAGAAAAUCCUACUGAUUAUACUGAUUCUCUGGAUCAAGAAUUUUCUAAUUCGCUUCAAGAAACACCUACUCCAAAUAUUAUUUUUAACCAUUCAACGUUUAAUAACUGCACUUUUAACUAUUAUUAUUAA